AUGAAUGGAAAUGAGAAGAUUAGACAUAUGGGUGAAAUAAAAAAUAUGAAAAGUCAUACAUUUUCAAAUAAUUUUAAUGAUAAAAAAAUUGAUACAAAUAUUAAUAAUUUUGGGGAAAUUUUUACUAGAAGUGUAAAAGAAAAAAAUGAACAUCCUGAGUAUGAAAAUAUUGAUACAACAAAUUAUAGAAAAGAAAAUGUUGAGUAUCUAAAAGAAGACAUUGAUAAAUAUAUUAAUGUUGAAGCUGAAAUGAAAAAAUAUAAUAAAUUUCAGAAGAAUGAAUUUGAUAAAAAUUAUCCUAUACAUAAUUUAUGUGAUGAUGAACAUAGUGGACAUCAAACUGAUAACCUUUUAUGGUCUGAAUCAGCUGAUCGUUUACUUAAAGUUAUCGGAAAUGGAGUUGUUAAAAAUGGAUAUAAUAUGUUUAUGGCACCUGGGCAGGCUGAGGGAAAGUCAACAAAUGUUAGUGUGGCAAUUUAUAUUGAAUCUAUGUCUUCAUUUAAAGCUCAAACUAUGGAUUUUGAAUUAGAUUUUUAUCUAGCAUUAGCAUUUUAUGAUAGAAGACUAGCUCAUAAUUGUACUCAUCCAAUUUUGGUUGCACAAAAAUUUAUUGCCGAUCGAAUAUGGUUUCCAGAUAUAUAUAUUAUAAAUUCAAAAUUUCUUUUUCAAGAAGUAACAACUCCAAAUUUUAUGGUUUUAGUAUAUCCAGAUGGGUUAAUUUUUAAAAGUAUGAGAGUUGAUGUUACCUUAUCAUGUAUGAUGGAUUUAAAGAAUUUUCCAAUGGAUACACAGUCAUGUCCUAUAACAAUGCAAAGUUACGCUCAUAUAAAUCAAUUAGUACAAUUAAAUUGGCAUGAUGAUCCACCAUUCUUUCCAAUUGGAUCAAAUGAAGAGAUAAAGUUAAAUGAUAUGCAAAUAAUAAGGACAAAUUUUGAAAAAUGUACCGGUCCAUAUCCAAUGUUUCGGGGUUCUGGAGAAUGGUCAUGUAUUAGGGCAUUCAUUGUCAUGAAAAGAUUAGUUUUAUUUCAUGUAAUACAAACAUACCUUCCAACUGGUAUGUUAGUUGUAGUAUCAUGGAUGUCAUUUUGGUUAGAUCCUCGUGCCUCACCAGCCAGAAUUUCAUUAACAAUUACAGGACUUCUUACAUUAACAACAAUGAGUAAUGGUGCUAGGCAGGAUCUUCCUCAAGUUAGUUAUAUUAAAGCAUUGGAUAUAUGGUUAACUUUUAGUCAAGCUCUUAUAUUCUUAGUAUUAAUGGAAUAUUCUUUUGUUAGUUAUUAUAUGACUAAAAAAAAUAUUUAUUGUAAACAUAAAAAUUCAUUUAAAAAUGAAAUUACUAAUAAUGAUAGAAGAAAAAGUUAUACUAUAAGUAAUGGAAAUGGUAAUACUAUAAAAAAUUAUCAUAAAAAGUCAAAUGCUAAAGACUGGAAUAUUGAUGAUAGAGAAAGUGAAAGAAAAAAACGUAGAUUAUUAAGUAAUUCUUUUAGAAAUCGUUCUGAAGAAUGCUUAAAUCGAUUUAGAAAAAAGACUUGUCCCCCUUCAUCUGAUGAAAUGUUAAUUGAUGAAAAAAAAUUUUAUUCAAAUAAUAUAUUUAAUAAUAACAAUGAUUUGAAUCCCUUUUCACUUUCAAAUGGAAUUGGAAAAUGUCUAAAUACAACAGCGAUGUUAUGUGAUAAUGCUACAACUAUGACAGCACCACUAUUUGUGGAUAAAUUUAACAAAAGAGUUUCUAAUGUUUGGUUUGAAGUAGCCAAAGAUAUUGAAACUGCCGCCUUGAUGUCAGGAAAUACAAUCAACGGAAAUAUUCCAUUGAUAGAUUUUAAAUUUGAUGAAAAUAAACCAUGUGUCAAAUGCCAGGAUGAAAAUGAAGAAAAAGCACGUUUAAUUGAUAAAUUUAGUAGAACAGCCUUUCCUACAAUAUUUUUUAUAUUUGUAUGUUGGUAUUGGUGGUACUUUAAUUGGCACAAUCAGACAGAAUAA